GUGAAGUAGGAGACAUUUUGCGUCCAGUAGUUAAACUUUUGCAACAAAUAUUAAUAUUUGCAUAUUAAAGUCUGGAUUUUUCAGUGAGGGAGAAAGAGUAGAUGUUAUUAAGAAUUUUGAAGAAGGUAGUUUAACUUUUCUUUUAUAGAAGAACUAUAUCUUCAAACAUGUCUAACCCAUAUAAUAAACCCAGGAGACUAACAUUAAUAAAAACAAAUGCUUUUAUUAAAAACAGAGCCACAUUAUCAAAAAUAAGAACUGCACAAAGCCUAAAGAAAUAAAAACAAAAAUAUAAAAUAUGUCACCUACCACCAGUGGAAGAAGUACUGAUAUCUUUUACUUAAGUAAGAGUAGUAAGACCACAAAGUAUGUGUUACAAGUAAAAGUUCUGCAUUUAAAAGUAAAAGUACAAAAGUAUUGGAAUCAAAAUAUACUUAAAGUACCUAAAGCAAAAGUUCUCAUUAAGCAGAUUGGCCCAUUUCAGAUUAUUAUUAUUACUGGAUUAUAAUUAUUGGAUUAUAAUUACUAAUGCAUGAGAAUAAUGAGUACAAUACUAUAAUAAUGUUGCAGCAGGUAAAAGUGGGGCUAACGUUAAUUACUUUAUAUACAGCUGGGUAGCUUGUAAAUUUUCCCCCUGGAUCAAUAAAGUCUUAUCUUAACCUAUAAUAAUAUAUCACGUCUAAAUGUACUUAGUUACUUCCCACCACAUAAAAUCAUAUUAUUGGUGCCAUAGACAACACUAGACAUGUGUAAACUCUGUCACUGAGACACACUUGUAGGAAUAUGUCUUUAUGGACACAAUAUAUGUGACCCUCCAGCUUCCACGUGACUGCAAACUGCAUCAGAGCUCAGUGGAUCUCGGGGUCCAUUUGCGGCGCCAGUGCAUUGCAGCUUUAACCGGUCCAUCAUGCCUUGCGGUGUCCCAGUUCAGUUCCGAUGUAAUUUACAACAAGCUCUGUGGUGUCCCUCGGUGACCGGCCGAGCAGCAGGCUAACAGGCAGGGCAGCAGAUGUUUGAAAGCCCCCAUGUCGGAUGUCCAAUAACCGGACGGGACGCAUGUUUACAUCCACACGGGUUAAAGAGGCGGGGAUGCGCGCACACCGUUAACUCUGCUGCAGGCGCGGAGCAGCACGGAAUAAACAGGACCUCCCGCAAGUGGCCCGCAUAACAUGCAGCGGAAAGUACCGGAUUUGAUUCCAGAGACAAAUACUGAGGCUGCAGCUCAACAGUUUCAAAUGCUCUGACACACAGUGAUCUACCGCUGAAAAGAGGAUGGACAGUGAAACAUUAUUAGCACCCCCUUGCGGUUUGGAGGAAUAAGGGGCCUCUGGAUGAAGGCCAUGGAGCUGAAAGUGUGGGUGGACGGAGUGCAGCGCAUCGUGUGCGGGGUCACGGAGUUCACCACAUGCCAGGAAGUGGUCAUUGCUUUGGCACAAGCCAUUGGACGCACUGGCAGGUACACUUUGAUCGAGAAAUGGCGUGAGACAGAACGUCACCUGGCUCCGCAUGAGAACCCCGUGGUGUCCCUCAACAAGUGGGGUCAGUAUGCCAGCGACGUCCAGCUCAUCCUCCAACGAACGGGCCCGUCUGUUAGCGAGCGUCCCACCUCUGACAGGCAGGCUCGCAUCCCAGAGCGUGGCUUCUACCGGCAGAGCCUGCCGCCUCUGGCCAAGCUCCGCCCAUCAGGGACAGACCGCUCGCUCAAAAGAAGGGAACCCAAACGCAAGUCUCUGACCUUCACUGGAGGGGCCAAGGGUCUGCGGGACAUAUUUGGGAAAAGCAGAGAUGCUGAAGCCAAACAGCCCCAGCAGCAUGGUGUGAAUCUGAACCUGACCAGGGUUGGAGGUGUUGGAGUAGCAUCUGUACCUGGGAGUCCAGCCAGAGAGCUGAGCCGGCUGGUGCAGCUGCAGAGAGACAAACUCCAGGCCCUGGAGAGCCGUCUGCUGGGCUGCGAGGCCGAGCUGCGAGACUGGGAGGAGUCCGCCAGCGAGGCCAAUGAAUUUAGGGGGUGGCGCCAGGCUGCAAUGCUAGGCCCCAUUUACAAUGAACAGCAGCCUAUCGUCCCAGCUUUUGAGUCCGGAGGAAACCUGGAGGAGGAGCUACUGCUUUUAGAGCAGCAGGUGAGGAGGAACGAUGCAGAGAUGGAGGAGGAGGAAUUCUGGCAGAAUGAGCUGCAGAUCGAGCAGGAGAGCGAGCAGCAACUCCGGCAACAGUUAGCCGAGCUGCAGGGAGGUGUACGAGACUGCGAGGCCAAGCUUUCAGAGUACUUAGCGCGCAUACAGAACAUGGAGGCGGGCCUAGAGCAGGAGCGGCUGCAGCAGGAGGCCGAGCUCAUCCAGAAGGUCAAUGAAGAGGAGGUGCAAGCCCAGCUGGAGAAAGUGAGGGCAGAGCUGGAAAUGCAGAGCCAACACACGGCGCGGCUGGAGAGCAGCUGCAGGGCGUUGGAACGCUCACUUGGCCAGUCCAGCAAGAGAUUACAGGAGAAGGAGCAGGAGCUGGAGCAGCUGACAAAAGAGCUACGACAGGUCAACCUGCAGCAGUUCAUUCAGCAGACUGGUACCAAGGUCACCGUUCUGCCUGCUCAACCUACAGGAGAAAACAGCAACGAAGUGGAGUCUGGCUCUCUGAAACGACUUGGCUCUUCUCGUCUCUUACCCAGCGACCUUCGCACUCUUCAAAGCACCGUGGCCUCCAGCCUCAACCCUGAGGGCAUCUACGUUUGAUCCCAAACUGUCCAGGAGACAUUAUUGGGCAGCAGGGCAGCCUGAUGUUAUUAGGACUGUUCUUAUGACUGGAAGGCCCAAUAAUUGACUCCCUAAACUACAGAAAUGCUCUUGAGCAAGGCACUGAAACAAACCCAGCUCCAGGAACACACUAAACGUGGAGGAUGUUGGCAAAAACAUUACAUGGAGGAUGAGUGGGAUAUCACAAAAAACAGUUGUGACAAGAAAACUUACUUCUGUUUUGCAUCUUUCCUGCACUGCCUCCUCUUCCAGGACUGAGGCUCAAACUGAUGUCAAUAUCCAUUUGCAAGCUAACAUUUAAUCAAUUGUCUGUACUCCAAUGGGUGAGUCUCUCUCUCUUAAUCCUCUCUCAGUCUACGAAAUCUCCAAUUUCUCAGAAUUAAAAAAAAAAAACUACAAGCCAGCAGGUGUAUUUUUGUUGACUGAGGAGGCUUCAGCCCAACAGUGCAGAUAAACUUUAUUUUUAUGUUGUGAAUCAUGAACUGGGGGGAAUUUCAGGAUGCAAAGUUUGGACACAUGUAAACAAAAUCCAUGCACGAGCAUGCACAAACACCGACACCACACCUGUGCUAUAACCAUAGCCAUAUCUGAUUGCCUUACUCUGGUGUUUUAAAACCAGACGUCAAUAAGUUUAAUGUUAAAACAGAACUCAAGGUAGCUACUUAACUAUGCGCCAUAUAAAUUUGAUAAAAUAGCACCAAUUCAGGUGAUACCUAGUCGUGGUAACCGAUGUCAGUAUAACUCACCAUUGGCUCAGUCCUUUUCUUUCACAUAAGUUUGAAUUUUUGUAUUGAUUUUAACAGGAAAUAAAUUUGGGAAAAAUGGAAAAAUCUUUGCCCAUCAUAUAAAGUAAAUGAUAAAAAAGGAAUAGAAGAGAAAAUAGAUGGAGUAACAUAAUCAACUAUUGGACAUUUUUGGUGAAAUAGUUUGGCUCUAGGUUCAGUUUUGUCAUCUUUGGUGCAGAGCCAUUAAUCUCCUCUUUGUUUCAGUUGAACACUUUCUCCAAAAGCCCUGAAAUGUGAAGGAGAGAUGAGUGAUGGCAGAGGCCUUUGAGUCUGCAGUGUAAAUCCAGUCUGGAAAAUUACUUCAUACCCAGUCUGGCCACCGGGUGGCGCCAAAACAUAUAUUAUUCACAUAGUUAAAGUUAACUGUGUAAAAGUUACUCUUGGUCUGAUGUUAUCUGUCUUUAUUCAUUUUUCUGGGUCAAAUAUGACUGUGUGCAUAUUGUUUUGUAAUAAAGCCUCAGCACAUGAGCUUUCAGUGUAUAAUCCGAUGUGCCAUUUAGACAUGUUUCACUGUUCAUCAAGCAAGGACACAAACAAACAAGGACACUCCUAAAAAAAAAGAGAGAGCAUUACACCCACAUACUGUACAUUUUGUCUGAGUUCCAUCAGAUUUUUAACAUGUUAAUGAACUAAAGAUGUCUCAUAUGAACCAAAGCUAGUGUGAAAAACAUUAAUAGUUAGAUGAAUGUACUUUUUUACAUGUAUGCAACUUGUGCCCGUGGAGUGUACCGACUUGAGUCAAACAGUAGUCGCAUAUAUUUUUCAUGGUAGCUCUGUCACACAGGAAAAGACAGAAGACACAAAGUUUGACAGUAAAGGAAAGGAUUAGAAACUUGACACAGAGGGAGUUGACAGUAAAACACAGACACCUUCUUUUCUUUUGAGGCGAAAACACUUAAAAACAAUGCAACUACAAUUCCGCAAAUGUCUGGGUGUUGCUGCAUUUACCCAGUCCUAGUUGAUAAUUUCUCAACACAGAAUAAAAGGAGGUUUCUCUCUGGGUUUCUGGGAUAAAACUGACACAAACUGCAUGAGAAUAUAUGCAAGGGUCAAAAAGAUAUUGAGCUUGUGAAAUGAUGUUCAGAAAUAAUUUCAAAGUCUGUACUUGGGAACUUGUGCAACCUCACCUUUCAAAUAAAUUGUGCACAAAUUUCAGUGGUGGAAAGUAACAAAGUAUAUUUACUCAACUUAAGUACAAAUUUGAGGUACUUGUACUUUACUUGAGGAAUUCCUUUUAAUGCUACUUUGUACUUCUACUCCACUACUUUUCGGAGGGAUCAGCACAUAAAUUAUCAUGUAUUAUUAUAGAUUAAGCUACCCAGCACUAUAUGAAGUAGUUAAAAUUAGCCCCACCUUUACCAGCUGCAACAUUAAAGUGAUGCAUACAUUAAUGCGUAAUUUUAAUUCAAUAAUUUAAUAUACAGUACAUUAUUCUGAAAUGGGCCAUUGCAUAGAGAGUACUUUUACUUUUGGUACUUUAAGUAAAAUUUUCAAUGCAUGACUUUAACUGAGUAUUUCUACACUUUAGUAUUGCUACUUUUACUUAAGUAAAAAAAAAAAUCUUCCACCACUGACAAAGUUUGUGUAUAUAUUCUCAUAUUUUUCUACAUCUACAAAUCCUUUCUACCCCUUCGCAAACUUGGUUUACAAAGCAUGAUAUACAACUACAAGCUUUGAAAUUAUUAUCAUUUCACAAGCUCAAUAUCUUAUUGACCCCUUGUUUGAGCCCAUAAGAAGCUUGUGUUUGUACUGUGAAUGUACGAUAAAGUGAAUUCCUCACUCCAGUGUGAAGGGUCUUACUUAAUUGUUUGCUCUGCAGUGCAAAGGUAACCAGAGGAAUUCACAUCACAACUUGGCAAACUAUUCUCAGAAAUUGUUCAAUGACAGAAGUUUUUCUUUUUUCCUCCCCCCUCAGUAUGCAGUAUUAUCGUCAUGGCAACAACUCCAGCUGUGACAUGGAGACUGUUACCUACUAAUAAAGGAAUCACAGCUCUCGUUGACUGAACGUUUUGAAUAAUGGCAUGCCUUACUGAAAAUGUAAAUAAUGUCUACAUAUCACAUCAGUCUAUGGACUAUUUUUUAAAGUAGAUUGAUGUCUGAAAUAUGCAGAGUGCUAGAAAGGUUAGGUUUUAAUGUUGCCGAUCAAUAGGCAGCUCUGUGUGCAUGCAAUAAUGUGUGAUUGGUUUAUUUGGACUCCCAAUUAGUGGCUACCAAGGGUGCGACAAUUGUCUGUGGUUCAUUUUAUUUUUGGUUUGUUGUGUCCCUUUUUGCCUUGUUGACAUUUACACUGAUGGAGAUUUGAGCAUUGGUAAAGAACAGGCAGACAGUUCAGUGUAUAUUAGCAGAAAAAUGGCAAAACUUGCACAUUAUUUUUUUACCUUUUCAUUUAAUUCUGGCAAAGACAACAUGUUGCAUUGAAACAUAACACUAAGUUUACCGACAUUGCUAGUUGUAUCUUUUUUUUUUUUCCUGCUUCAUGCUUUGAGAUAGCCAAUAAAUAGUUUCUGUUGUGCCAUCAAUGAUGCUUUUAAAUAAAAGUGCAUAUACAAAUGAGAUGAUGGAGCCAUUAUGGAAACAGCCAUCAAGUGGUUUUGAAAGCUAUUUUAGAAAUGCUGCGGCUCAGGGAUAUUUCAAGACACAGAAUUACCAAGGCAAGAAUGGGCAGAAAGUAAUUAUGGAUAAAUGCUAUUCAUGAUGUCUCAAGCCAUUUGACAAGUUAAAUUGUACAUUUGCUCUCAUGGGGACUUGAGCAGCUGUUUGACAAGUUUAACAUGUAGCACUGGCUCUUAUACACAACACAACAAAUGUAACUGAAGUAAUGAUUUAGUUCUGAGAGAGAUGAGGCUUUAUUUGAAAAGUAAAGUGUUUGUGUUGGCCCAUGAUUCAUGUUGAAGCUAGCCAGUUGAAGUUGAAGCCAUUGGGUUUGCAGCGUAAUCCUGUUCCUUGAAACACCCUUCAAAGUGUUUACAUGAACGCUUCACUGUAAUCAUACUGCUGGUUAGAUGAACUGUGCUUGACUAACAUCACUGACUUGCACUAACUUAACAUUUAGACAAGACAAAUUAUUGUAUGUUAAAAAGUUUAUAAUUUUGUAUUGUUUAAUCACAAAUUCACCUACUGUAUUUUUUAGCUUUCAGAAUUUAACAGAUUUUCUUCUUUGGGUCGUCAUUCAGCCACUGUGUAUGAAAGACAUGAAAAUCAAAUUCAAGAAUAAUGUAAAAUACAUGAAUAAAAUAUAUUUAAAAAACAUGCCAUGAAUGAAUAAACUGCUAUACAGUGCUGAA